AUGGAGAGUCAGUCCAAGUUCCUAGUCUGGUAUCUCCAUCAUGGCAGAGGAAACAGCGACCUGGUGAGCCACUUGGAUCCCCACAAGUCUGUGGGACCAGAUGGGAUCCACCCAAGGGUGAUGAGGGAGCUGGCAGAAGAGCUUGCCAAGCCACUCUUCAUCAUUUACCAACAGUCCUGGCUCACUGGGGAGGUCCCAGAUGAUUGGAAGUUGGCGAAUGUCAUGCCAAUCCACAAAAAGGGCCGGAAGGAGGACCCGGGAAACUACAGGCCUGUCAGCCUGACCUCAGUGCCUGGCAAGGUUAUGGAGCAGCUCAUCCUCAGUGCAAUCACACAACACCUACAGGAUGGACAAGGGAUCAGACCCAGCCAGCACAGGUUUAGGAAGGGCAGGUCCUGUCUGACCAACCUGAUCUUUUAUGAUCGGGUGACCCACCUGGUGGAUGAGGGGAAGGCUGUGGAUGUGGUCUAUCUGGACUUCAGCAAAGCCUUUGACACUGUCUCCCACAGCAUACUCCUGAAAAAGCUGGCAGCCCACAGCUUGGACAGGAGCACUCUCUGGGUUAGGAACUGGCUAGAGGGCCGGGCCCAGAGAGUGGUGGUGAAUGGUGCUGCAUCCAGUUGGCAGCCAGUCACUAGUGGUGUCCCCCAGGGAUCAGUGUUGGGCCCAGUUCUGUUUAAUAUCUUUAUUGAUGAUUUAGAUGAGGGAAUAGAGUCCACCAUCAGCAAAUUUGCAGAUGACACUAAGUUGAGGGGGAAUGUUGAUCAGCUGAAAGGCAGGAGUGCUCUGCAGAGGGACCUGGACAGGCUGGAGAGUUGGACUAGUUCCAAUGGGAUGAGGUUGGAAUUCAACAAGGCCAAGUGCCGGGUCCUCCACUUUGGCCACAACAACCCCCUGCAGCAAUACAGGCUGGGCACACAGUGGCUGGAGAGCAGCCAGACAGAAAGGGACCUGGGAGUUUGGAUUGACAGGAAGCUAAACACGAGCAAGCAGUGUGCCCAAGUGGCCAAGAAGGCCAAUGGCAUCCUGGCCUGGAUCAGGAACAGUGUGGCCAACAGGUCCAGGGAAGUGAUUCUUCCCCUGUACUCAGCGCUGGUUGCCCAGGACCACGUCCAGUUGAGGUUUGACUAUCUCCAAGAAUGGAGAACCCACGACCUCUCUGGGCAACCUGUGUCAGUGCUUGGUGACUUUGACAGUAAGAACGUCUUUCCUGAUAUUCAGAGGGAACCUCCUGUGUUUCAGUGUGUGCCCAUUGUCUCUGGUCCUGUCACUGGGUAUCAUUAA